GAAGCAACGUUUGUUCAGUUUGCGUAUGGAGGAAGGUACGUCUCUCAGGAAUCAUCUAGAUCAACUCAAUACCAUCUUGCUAGAUCUGCGGAAUAUUGAUGUUAAAGUAGAUGAUGAGGAUGCUGCCUUAAUUCUGUUAGUAUCUUUGCCACAGUCAUAUGAGAAUUUUGUGGAUUCUUUUAUUGCUGGGAAAGAUAGUUUGUCUUUGGAAGAUGUUAGAUCUGCUCUACAUACUAGAGAGGUUCGACAUAAGGCGUCUGGUUCUGGUUCGGAAAAUCAGGCAUCUGGGUUGGCUGCUACGAGUAGUAGGAGACAACAAUCUGAUAAUAGGAAGAAGAAUACAAAUUCGAAUUCUGCUGGUUUGAAAGAUGAUAUCUGUCAUUACUGCAAGGAGAAAGGACAUUGGAAAUUUGAUUGUCCUAAAUUGAAGAAAUAUCAAGAGAAGAAUGAAUCAUCUGUUGCUGUGGCGGAAGAAACUAACUCUGAUUCUGAAGAUGGUUUAGCCUUAGCAGUGAAUGAACAGGUACAUCAUCAGGAUGUGUGCUAUUUAGAUACUGCAGCUGAUUAUCAUAUGUGUCCAAGCAGGGAGUGUUUUUCAACUUAUGAGCAGAUAGAUGGAGGACAUGUUUCUAUGGCCAAUGGUGCUAUCUGUAAGAUUGUUGGAAGAGGCUCUGUCAGGAUGAGGACACAUGAUGGUUCUGUUCGCACCUUGAACAAUGUUAGGCAUAUUCUAGAAAUGACUAAGAAUCUGAUAUCUUUGAGUCUACUCGACAGCAAGGGUUUCAGCUUCAAAGGUGAAGGUGGAGUGUUGUCUGUCUACAAGGGUUCUAAGGUGAUUUUGAAAGGUGUCAAGCAGGGUGCCUUGUAUAAUCUACAAGGUUCUGUUUUGACAUGUUCUGUUGGUGAUAAGUGCAGCAAGUUGAUUCUGAAUGGCAAGUCUCAAUAUGGAUUGGACUUGUCGAAUGGUUUGAGUUGUUGACCGCCCUUAGGGGCAUUUGGAGGCAGGGGAGAUUCUGGUACAACUGAUUUGGAGGAGUUGCGUACAUCUGGCAACUUUGGUUGCAUCUGGUACAUCUGGCAACUUUGGUUGCGUAUGGUACAUUUGGUAUUUGAGAGAGAAUUCAAGUCAAGGUGGAGAUUGUUAGAAUAUGACUUGAAUUUGAUUUGGGUUUGUUUUGUAUUUUAGGCCUGUUCUGUUUGGGUUUGGGAUUGAGCUUUGUUUGACCUUUUUCCUUGUAUGUUUGGGAAUAGGUGUUUGGUUUUCUGUUUGGGAUUAGGAGAAGAGUUCUAUAAAUACUCUUCAUCACC